AUGUCGUUACUUGAUUUUUUUCGUACUAAACAUAUUAAUGUACUUUUAUGUGGAAUUGAUGGUGCUGGAAAAACCUCUAUUACAUUAACUUUAAGUGGCCUUGAUCCUAAAAUUUUUCCACCAAAACCAACUUUGGGUUAUAAUUCUCCCUCUUUUAAAUCAAAUGGAAUUAAGUGGGUUUUUUGGGAUGUUUGUGGUCAAGCUAAAUUUCGUAGUCUUUGGAAGUCAUAUUAUACUAAUGUUAUUGCUGUUGCAUAUGUUAUCAAUGCCAAAGAUACUGAAAGGUUUCAAGAAUCAAAAAAUCUUUUAUGGGGAAUUAUUAAUGAUCCAACUAUUCGUUCUUAUCCAAUCCUUGUUUGGGUAAAUCGUGGUCAUUCUAAUGAACUUAACGACCUUCCUAAAGAUCGUGUAUUUGUUUUGGAUUGUGAUGCUUAUAAUGGAACAGGUCUUAAAGAAGGAUUAAAGUGGUUGAAAAAAAAGUUAAAGUAA